AUGGCAACCCUUCGCCUCGCGGCGUGGACCACGUCUCUCCAACUCAGCGACCUGCCCGCGUCCGUCACCCAGGCAGCGGUGCGUAGCUUCUACAACUGGACGGGCUGCGCGCUGGGCGGCUCGCAUCACCCGACCACCACGACGGCGCUGACGGCCCUGGCGCCUUUCUUUGGCAAGCCCACCUCGACCAUCCUGGGUCACGCGCACACGGGCGCCGUGGACAGCGGCAAGGCGGAUGCGUCGCACGCGGCCCUGAUCAACGGGAUUGCCUCGCACGUCCACGACUACGACGACACGCAUCUCGAGACCAUCAUCCACCCCACGGGGCCCGUGGCGAGUGCACUGCUUGCGCAGGCCGAGGCGUUGGGCAAACCCGUCGGCGGGGACGAGUUCGUUCUCGCCCUGGUGGCCGGCAUCGAGGCAGAGUGUAAAGUCGGGUUGGCUGUGUGGCCUAAGCAUUAUGACAUCGGCUGGCACAUCACCUCGACGACCGGCUCGAUCGGCGCCGCCGUCGCGGUCGGCAAACUGCUCAACCUCACGACCGAGCAGAUGGCGCACGCCAUCGGCAUCGCCGCCACACAGGUGACGGGGCUGCGCGAGAUGUUCGGCUCCGACACAAAGUCGUUCCACGUGGGGCGGUCGGCGCAGAACGGGCUCAUGGCCGCGGUGCUCGCGUCCAAGGGGUACACAUCGUCCACGCAGGCCCUGGAGGCGAAGCGCGGCUGGGUGAACGUGGUGAGCGCAAGUAACCAACUGGACGAUGUGAUGGCAACGCUGGGCACCGUGUGGGAGACGGCCAAGAACUCGUUCAAGCCCUUCCCCUGCGGCAUCGUCGUGCACCCGAUCAUCGACGCUUGCAUCCAGCUGCACCGCGACAUGGCACAGCGGGGGCUCGCGGCCACGCAGAUCACCAGUGUCAAAUGCAGAGUCCACCCGCUGGUGCUGGAGCUGACGGGCAAGAAGACGCCCCAGGACGGCCUGCAGGCCAAGUUCAGCGUCUACCACGGCGGCGCGGUGGGGUUGGUGCUGGGAAAGGCCGGCCCCGCGCAGUACGAGGACAAGGUGGUCACGAGCACCGAGAUCGUGUCAGUCCGCGACAGGAUCGACGCCACAGCGGACGCGGGCCUGGGCGCCGACGAGGCCGAGAUUGUCGUCGAGUUGGACAACGGCACGACGCUCACGAAACACGUCAAGCACGCCAUCGGCAGCCUCGAGGUGCCCAUGACGGAGGCGCAAUUGCAGGACAAAUUCAUCGACCAGGUCACCCCCGUGCUGGGCGCCGAGGGGGCCAAGAAGGCCAGCGAUGCGGCGUUGGCGCUCAAGGGCGUCGCUGAUGUGUCUGCGCUGGCCAAGGCGUUAUAA